AUGGCGGAAGCGGUCAAAGAUGCUGUCAACCAGGCGGUUGAAGGUGUGAAGAAUCUUGCAGUAUCCGCAGAACAGAAGGCAGAACAAAAGGCGCCGAAGCCCAAGAAGGAAAAGAAAGCCAAGGGAGGGGACGCAGAUGGUCGUCCUCUGAUGCUUGACCCAGCACCGGCCUAUAUCGACCAUCGCGUACAGAUCUUUGAGAAGCUCAAGGCGAAGUACGAUGAAGAGAUCGCCCAGAAACCACGAGAGAACAUCAACAUCUCACUUGGCGACGGAAAGAUCAUUGAGGGCAAGUCAUGGGAGACUAGCCCAGCAGACAUUGCCCGAGGCAUCAGCAAGAGCUUGUUCGAGCGCACGGUGAUCGCGCGUCUCGACAAAGGCACACCCGAAGAGACGCUGUGGGAUCUGGAGCGACCAUUGGAGAAGAGCUGCAAGCUUGAGCUCCUGCCAUUUGACGACCCAGAGGGCAAGAAGGUCUUUUGGCACUCCAGCGCACAUAUUCUGGGAGAAGCAUCGGAGCGUAGAUUUGGCUGUGACCUAUGCAUUGGUCCUCCAGUUGAAGAUGGCUUCUACUACGAGAUGGCGCUACCAGAAAAGGCUGCUGUCGAACAGGCAGACUACAAGCCCCUCGAAACCAUCGUCAACAACAUUGUCAAGGAGAAGCAGGUAUUCCAGCGCCUAGUCCUGUCAAAAGAAGACUUGCUCGAGAUGUUCAAGUCGAACCCCUACAAACAGCACAUCAUCAAGGACAAAAUCGCAGACGGCACCUCCACAACCGUAUACCGCAACGGACCGCUUAUCGAUCUUUGCCGAGGACCUCACGUACCGCACACUGGCAGGAUAAAGCAGUUCAAGGUCAUGAAGAACUCUGCCUCAUACUUCCUUGGCGAUGCCAACAACGAUAGCUUGCAGCGCAUCUAUGGUGUCUCGUUCCCGGACAAGGAUGCCAUGCAAGCUCAUCUCAAGUUCCUCGAAGAGGCGGCGAAGCGCGACCACCGCAAGAUCGGCAAGGAACAAGAGCUGUUCUUCUUCCACGAGGCUAGCCCCGGUUCACCUUUCUUCCUACCGCAUGGUCAGAUCAUUUUCAACACACUACAGGCCUUCCUCCGAGAAGAGUACUGGAACCGCGGUUACCAAGAGGUCCAAUCACCAAACAUGUACAGCUCGGCGCUGUGGAAGGUUUCGGGCCAUUGGCAGCAUUACCACGAGGACAUGUUCACAUUCGACGUGGAGAAGGAGAAGUGGGGACUCAAGCCCAUGAACUGCCCAGGUCACGCCCUGAUCUUCAAGCACCGCGAGCGAAGUUACCGAGAGUUGCCAAUCCGCAUGGCCGAUUUCGGUGUCCUGCACCGCAACGAAGCUAGCGGUGCGCUCACAGGUCUUACACGUGUACGACGUUUCCAACAGGACGAUACCCACAUCUUCUGUACCCAGGACCAGAUCACCGAGGAAAUCUUCGGACUCUUCGACUUCCUCCGCGCCGUCUACGGCAAGUUCGGCUUCACCUUCAAGCUGAAGCUGAGCACACGCCCCGACGGUUUCCUCGGCGAGGUCGAGACGUGGAACAAGGCAGAGGCGAAGCUCACCGAAGCUUUGAACCAAUUUACAGCUGAGGGCGGAGGCCAGUGGGAGCUGAACCCCGGUGACGGAGCCUUCUACGGCCCCAAGAUCGACAUCACCAUCUCAGACGCGCUCAAGCGCGAAUUCCAAUGCGCCACCAUCCAGCUCGACUUCCAACUCCCCAACCAGUUCGAGCUCGAAUACAUGACCUCGGAAGUCGCCGCCGCCAAGCCCAAGGAAGAAAAGGCCAAAGAGGAGCCCGCACCCAAGGACGCCCCCGCCCCCGUCGAGCAGAAGAAAGAAGCCGCAGACCCCAAUGCCCCCAAGAAAAUCCAACCCCCACAGCCCGGUUAUGCCCGCCCCGUCAUGAUCCACCGCGCCAUCUACGGCUCCUUUGAGCGCUUCAUCGCCAUCAUCACCGAGCACUUCGCCGGCCGCUGGCCCUUCUGGCUGUCUCCCCGACAAGUCAUGGUCAUCCCUGUGAUGCCCAGUGCAAACGACUACGUCAAGGAAGUGCAGGCCGUGCUGCGCAAGAACAAGUUCCACGCCGACAUUGACGUGAGCGGAAACACGAUGCAGAAGAAGAUCCGCACGGCGCAGUUGAGUUUGUAUAACUUCAUCAUGGUGGUGGGCGCGGAGGAACAGAAGGCGCGCGCGGUGAACUGGCGGAAUCGAGAUGAUCAGGCGACGCAGCAGAGAGGCGAGAUCGUGCCGCUGGAUGAGGCGGUGGAGAAGUUGUGCAAGUUGAGGGAUGAGCGGAAGGUGGAGAAUGUGUUUUAGGCAUUGAUAUGAGCAUAUGAGGCGAUGAUGUGAUGAGAGCUUCGGCAUUUCCAAAACCGCAUGUUACUUGUCAAGACACAAAAUGAACGAAUGCA